AGUUAGACAAAAUAUCAAAAUAAUGUCACAACUAAUCGAAGAUUGUCUCAUAAUUAUUUUCAAUGAAUUGAUAGAGGAACCAUCAUCUCUAUAUUCAUGUAUUUUGGUAAAUAGAUUCUGGUGUCGUAUAGCUAUGCCAAUAUUAUGGAAAGAUCCUUUUGAAUUUGAUAUUGGUGACGAGGAUUCACUUUCUCAUCAUAGACUUUAUAAUUUAAUAACUUCUUUAUUACCAACAUCUUCAAAAAAACUUUUAUUAGAUGAAGAUAUUGUAUCACCUAUACAAGAAUUUUCAAACCAAUCAUUAUUCAACUACAUUAGCUUUUCAUCACAAGUUCCACCAAAUUUCAUUAAUAAUAUGAUAAAUAACUUAAUUAAAAAAGAAGUUGGGUUUGAUAAAUAUAAAG